CACUGCGUUUGUUGUCAAAAGAGAAAAGAUGGCGUCGGUAGCAGAAAUGUACGAUGUGGGUUGGGAAGAGAUGAGAGACAAGCUGCGGAAAUGGAGAGAAGAUAACUGCAGAAACAGUGAACAAAUUGUGGAUGUUGGUGAAGAGCUCAUUAGUGAACAUGCAUCUAAACUGGGAGAUGACAUAUGGAUUAUUUAUGAACAGGUGAUGAUUGCAGCGCUGGACUGCAGUCGGGAUGACUUGGCUCUGACCUGUCUACAGGAACUGAGGAAGCAGUUUCCAGAUAGCCACAGAGUGAAGCGAUUAUCGGGCAUGAGGCUGGAAGCUCUGGAAAGGUACGACGAGGCCAACAAGCACUAUGAUGCCAUUCUCCAAGACGACCCCACCAACACGGCAGCAAGGAAGCGCAAGAUCUCCAUACUGAAGGCCCAGGGGAAGAGCGCUGAAGCCAUCAGGGAGCUCAAUGAGUAUCUGGAGCAGUUUGUCGGGGACCAAGAAGCAUGGCAUGAGUUGUCAGAGCUCUACAUCAACGAACACGACUAUGGAAAAGCCGCGUUUUGUCUGGAGGAGCUGAUGAUGACCAAUCCUCACAAUCACUUGUACUGUGAGCAGUACGCUGAGGUGAAGUACACUCAAGGGGGGCUGGAAAACCUGGAGCUGUCCAGAAAGUAUUUUGCCCAGGCGCUGAGGCUGAACAACAGAAACAUGAGGGCAUUGUUUGGUCUGUAUAUGUCUGCAAGUCACAUUGCUGCCAGUCCAAAAGUUAGUGCCAAGGUGAAGAAGGACAACAUGAAGUACGCUGCAUGGGCUGCCACUCAAAUUAAUAGAGCCUAUAAGCUCGCCGGUCGUGGGACCAAGGAGAACAAAUGCUCCAUGAAGACGGUGGAGGAGAUGUUGGAGUCCAUGCAGAUCACUAUGUCCUAGAUGUCCCUCGUCCACACCUUCCUUCUUUCCUCCUGUUCACACGCAGCCACCUGGAGCAACAUGGCAGCUCAAAUAGCCUUGCAAUGUGACCUUUUUUCUUUGUCCCUUUUUAAAGUUUUCUGUAAUUGAUUGGACUUGACACGGACAAUGGAAGACAUUUGUUUCCUUCAAGUGCAAAGAUAUACCCAAACAUCUGGAACCUAACACAGCAAGUGCUUAUUUAAGUUUAGUUAGGUUCUACAUAGUACUAACCCAGCUGUGACUUCCACCAGACUGGAUUAUACUAUCGGUGUCCAUCACAUGCUGACUUUUAGGUCCACCUUUAACUGAUCACUAAUUAGCACAUCCACAUUAAGCCUGUUACUUUGUGACCAGGAAAUAACAGACUGUACAGCAAAUUUUAUUUAUAAAGAUAAGACCUGUCUGCACUGAGGUAAUUUAUGACUACAUACCUGUAAAUGAAACCUCUUUAUCUAAUACAUUUUUUUGUCUAAUCUAUCAAAAUGUCAAGAAAAUAAAUUUUCUUCAUGGA